AUGAACAUUGUUUUGCUCGGAGACUAAUGCGUUGGCAAAACAUCUUUAAUAAAUAGAUUUCAUUUGGGCACACAUAGCUUCAAAAUGAAUUCAACUAUAGGUGUAGAUUUCAUAAGUACCUAUUUUAGUACAAAUGAUGAAAAAAUACCUGUAAAGAUAUGGGAUACUGCUGGUCAAGAGAGAUUUAGGACAAUAACUUAAGCUUUUUACAAAGCAGCUGAUGGAAUUAUGCUGGUCUAUGAUAUAACUAAUCCUGAUUCAUUUAAAAACAUUAAGAAUUGGAUCAUGUUAAUUAAAGUACAUGCAAAAGCUGAAAUACCAAUUAUUCUUGUUGGGAAUAAAUGCGAUAGUUCUUUUAGAGGUGUUUCAGAGUCUGAAUAAUCAUUGAAUGCAUAAAAUUUAGAUCUUCCAUUUAUAGAGACAUCUACUCUAUAAAAUUUCAAUGUGAAAGAAGCUUUUUAUAAAAUAAUGGAAUUAAUUUAUAAGAACAAUAGAGAGGAAAUAUGGGUUGAGUCUAUAAGAGAUAAGUCUGAAAGUUUUGUUAUUGCUUCAUUUCGCAUUAGUUCUCAACUAAACCCAGACAAAGGUAUUAAGUAUACUUUUAAUUCAAGCCAAAAACAAACCUUUGACGACAAUAAUAAUAGAUGCUGUAAAUGA